UUUAAUCAUAUUUAUUUUUAUAUUGGUUUUAUAUUUAUUUUUGUUUUUUGUUUUUAUUCAGUCGUUGGUGGAGCUAAGGAUAAUAUUUGAAUAUUGUUUUUAAUAUUGUUGUGCAGUCCUUUGGACACAUUUCUGUUGUUUAAAUGUGCUUUUACAAAUAAAGUGGAUCGAUUGAUGCGAAUGAACGUUCAAAAAUUCAGAAGGCGCAAACGAAGUUUCGUGCUCUUACUUUGACAAGCCUUACCGGAAGUGGUCUCUCCUCCCUGCAGCUGACUUGACUGGCCGAACAAGGUGCUUCUCGGUUGAGUCACUCCUUUUUUUUAUUUCUUCUCCUCAGCAGGGCGGACUUUUGGACUAAACUUUGACUUUGACCCGCCGUCACCAAACCUUUUGUUUAUGUUCUCUCGCCGGUAGCCUCUUUUUCCCGGUGUUUUGUUGUUGUUUUUGUCGGCGGCUCGGGGGGGCUCCGGGCGAGGAGGAGCUGCGGUCCGAUGCAGGCAGGUGAUGGACGGCAGCCUCAGUCCAGGCGGAGGCCACAGAAGAAGACCUUCUCCUUUUUCUCGGCUGACGUCUGGUCCUUCAGAGGGAAGAAAAGGAAGCAGGCGAGUAGAGAUGCAGACUCGCUCAGUCUCUGCAGUCUGGAGAUCAACGAGCCCAGCGCCAAGCGCAGCAAAGCGGCCGUCUCCAGGGUGACGUCUCUGGCCAGCCUGCUGCCGCCUGUCAAGUCGGCAUCGCUGAAGAGGUUUGGUCAGACGCUGCAGCGCUCCAUCAGCUUCCGGACGGAACGAGUGCUUCCUCCCGCUCCUGCUCCUCUCCCUCCUCCUCCUCCUCCUUCGUCCUCCGCCAAGACACGGGCGACGGCGGCGGCCAUCUCCAACUCUUCUACCUCCACGACUGCCGCGCGGGCGUCCGCCGCCCCGGCCCCGGCCGCCAAGCGCCGCGACAGCAAGCUUUGGAGCGAGACCUUCGACGUCCGACUGGGAGCGACGCAGCCUCUCAGCCCGAAGGAGAUCAAGAGGCAGGAGGCCAUUUUUGAGUUGGCUCAGGGCGAGCAAGACCUGGUCGAAGAUCUCAAGUUGGCGAAAAAGGCCUACCAUGACCCCAUGCUGAAGCUCUCCAUCAUGACCGAGCAGGAACUGAACCAGAUCUUUGGUACUCUGGACUCGCUGAUUCCCCUGCAUGAAGACCUGCUGAGUCGCCUCCGUGAGGCCAGGAAACCGGACGGGUCCACCGAGCACGUUGGACAGAUCUUGACAGACUGGCUCCCGUGUCUCGCGUCCUACACGGCCUACUGCAGCAACCAGGUGAAGGCCAAGGCCCUGCUGGACCAGAAGAAGCAGGACCUCAGAGUCCAGGACUUCCUGCAGCGCUGCCUCCAGUCGCCCUUUAGCAGGAAGUUGGACUUGUGGAACUUCCUGGACAUCCCUCGCAGUCGGCUGGUGAAAUAUCCGCUGCUUCUCAGGGAGAUCCUCAAGCACACCCCCAGCGAGCACCUGGACCAGCAACACCUGGAUGAGGCGAUGCUGAUGGUCCAGAGCGUGGUGGCGGACACCAACAGGCGCACGGGAGAGUCCGAGUGUCAGUUCUACAAGGACCGGCUGCUCUACAGCGAGGUGGGUCUGAGGGACGCCCUCAUCGAGCGCUCCAGGACGCUGAGCUGCCACGGAGAGCUGAAGAACAACCGAGGCCUGAAGCUCCACGUCUUCCUGUUCCAGGACGUCCUGGUCAUCACCAGGUCCGUCUCGCUCAACGAGCAGCCCGUCAGCUACCAGCUCUGCCGACAGCCCAUCCCCAUCCGAGAGCUGGACCUGGAGGACCUGUCGGAUGGAGAGAUGAGAGUGGGCGGGUCCAUCAGGGGGGCUUUCAGCAACAACGAACGCACCAAGAACUUCUUCCGAGUUUCUUCCCACGGCGCCGGUCAGCAGCAGACCCACUGCUUCCAGGCCAGUGACGCCUUCAACAAGCAGCAGUGGAUCAACUGCAUCAGGCAGGCCAAGGAGGCGGCGGCCCUCAGCGAAGACCCCGGGGGCAAGUGGGCGGGCGACGCGGGUCCGCACCAUUCGGGGUCGGAAAAUGACCGAGGGAUGUGGGCGGAGCUGGAGGCAGGACGGCGUGGCGAGACGUCGCAGUCCAAGAUCGAAUCGGACAACGCGGAGAGACGCACAAGGGCUGAAGGGACUGACCUUCAGGAGGAGGCGGGGCGGGGGACGGAGGAGGCGGAGCCGAGUGGCGCUGAAGAGAAGGAGCGGGAGGAUUUGGUGGACAGAAGUGGCCCAGAGAUCAUACAAUGCUGAUAUUUGCUGUCAAACUAGCUACAGCAGUGUUUCUCAAACAUUUCUUCUUGUUUCUUUCACGCCCCCCCUUAAAUUGAAAUACGACUAAGAACCUAAUAAUAUUUAUAUAUUUAUUCAUUCAUACGCCCCACUAUGAGGACCUACAUGCCACCCCCUACUAUAGAACAAGUCCUGGUCUAAUGGUUCUAGAACAGGGGUGUCCAAACUUUUUCCACUAAGGGCCGCACACUGAAAAAUCAAAGCAAGCAGGGGCCAUUUUGAUAUUUUUUUAUUUUAAAAACCAAUACAAUAUAUGUAUAAAAAAUAUACAUUUAGGCCUCCACUCAGGCUUGAUCCCAGGGACCCCAAAGGGUUUAGGUCCAAAAAAUAUUUAAAAUGUGUCAUUAUUCAGUAUUAUUAUCUCUAGAUCAACAUUAGGUCUAUCUGUCAAUAUAACGUUUUUAAAUAUUUAAGUCGUAUGCUCUUUUUGUCAAAGAAAACCAUGUUUUUUUAUGGAAAAACACACAAAAUAUGCAAUAUUUUCACCCCAAAAAUUUUUUAAGUGGAAUAUUUGAGAUUAUAUAAUAAUUUGAGCCUUAAAAAGGUCAAUAACUCAUAACACCAUUGAUUUUAAUUCAUUAUUAUUCUUUGAGCAAUGACACUUAAAAACAAAUCACACAAAAAUUAUUGGGGAACCAAAAGGGUCCAACUCAUUAAAGUGUUAAAAAAAAAUUAUACAUUUUUUUUACUGUUUACUUUUAACACAAUAAUCUCGAGAUCAACUUCAGAUCUAUCCGUCAAUUGUACGUUGUAUUGUUGUUUUUGUUUUUUGUUUGUUCGUUUUAGGACCUUCUUUUUUUUUUAAAAAGCUACAUUUUUUAUAUGGCAAACACAAAAUAUGCAACAUUUUCCCCAAAAAAUAUCUCAAAGUGCAAUAUUUAAAGUGACGUAAUUGGAGCCUUGAAUAAGUCAAUAAUUCAUAAUAACAUUGAUUUUGAUUCAUUAUUAUUUAAAAAAAAAAAAAGAAACAGCCUGCAUGGCAGCUUUGUGUGAUUAGAGUAAACAUUGCAACAUGUUCUUGUAACAUUUCACCUGUUUGGUCUUCCAUACCACUUUUUAUGUUUUUAAUUUUUUUAAUCGUAUUUUAAAAUGGGCCGUGAGGCCAUUAAAAAAUGCCCCCCGGGCCACACUUUGGACACCCCUGUUUUAGAACUUUAAAGGCUGUGUGUAUUUUAGCACAAGCAAUAUUACUUGGUCAUGAAUUUGAGCGGUGCUGCCACCUAGCUGGGGGCUUAAGUAUCGUUCAAAAAUGAAAAAAGACGCUAAUACUGGAAGUCGGUUGGGGGGGCGAAGCGUUGACCUAAAGCAGUGAUUUUCAACCACUGUGCCGUGAGAUAUUGUCUGGUGUGCCGUGGGAAAUUAUGCAACUUCACCUACCGUAUUUUUCUUACUAUAAGUCACAGUUUUUUUCAUAGUUUGGCCGACUUAUACUCAGGAGCGACUUAUGUGUGAAAUAUAUAGCAUGUUCUAUAUUUUAUAGUUAUUUGAAUGACUCUUACCAUAAUAUGUUACGUUAACAUACCAGGCACCUUCUCAGUUGGUUAUUUAUGCCUCAUAUAACGUACACUUAUUCAGCCUGUUGUUCACUAUUCUUUAGACAUUUUAA